AUGAACCCGAAGAUGACUUCCAAGCAACGCUCGCCCGCUGGUUCUCUGGACCAGACUACAUUCGAUUUACUCCGCCAUCCAGCCGUCGCGCAAGCGAUUAACCGCGCCGCUAACAUGAAGCUCCUCCAAGCAAUCAAGGAAGGUCGGCUUCAAAUCGUAGAUCAACGAAUGAAAGCCGCGACCGCCCUUUCUACAAGUACAACACGUCCCAUUAAAUAUGCGCCAAGAAUGGACCUCAUUGACGACCCUCGGUCACCCAACUUUUCUGCUAUCUUCGAGAUUCCAGGAUUGAGGAAUAGCGACAUAUCCGUCCAAAUUCAAGAAGGACACCUCAUCGUUUGUGGCGAGAGGCGCCCGCCAUAUCUUCAAACCAUACUUCCCCAACCCUCUCCGCAAGACUCGGAGGUCGCCUCGAAAGACGCGUCCGAGCACAUGGAAGUCGACAACCCCGCGAGCCAGGCAGUCAGAGUACCUGUCCAAGAGCUUCGUUUCGGCACCUUCCAACGCAACAUUCCUAUUCCGAAGGGCAUAAAGGAGAAAGACGUCUCGGCUUCUCUCGCAGACGGCAUGCUUACAGUGACGUGGCCCAGGUUGUCGCCCGCCGUUGUCUCCUCGUCUCUUUCCCCUCCUGCGCGUAUGAUCGGCAGUGCCAGCCCGCCUACAUCCGCUGUGACUGCGGGAACCGCCUUGCAAUGA